CGAGGACCUCUGCUCUCUGCCGCUGGCCGCUGCCUGCGCUCUGAGCCUGUGUGUUCUCCAAUACGAGUUUCUCUUUCUUCUUGUUAGAUUUUUACAGGGUGUCCAUAGGUAUUCCAGGUCAUGGGUCACUUUUUCUGCAUAUGAAUGCACCACAACUUCCUCUGACGUGACUGUCUGUCAUCUCUUUCGCGUGUUCCGCACCACUCGCUCCUCUUCUCAACCGCAGGCCUGGAUUUUAAAAUAAUGUUUGCCCGGCUCUCUUUUUACCCCACACUGUUCUACAAUGUGGUCAUGGAAAAAGUAUCAGCUCGUCGGUGGUACGACCGCAUCGAUGAGACCGUUCUCUUGGGAGCCCUUCCGUUUCAAAAUAUGACAGAACAGCUGAUCAAAGAAGAAAAUGUCAAAGGGGUCGUUUCUAUGAACGAGGAUUACGAGCUAUGGCUUUUUUCCAAUGAUAGAGAGUCUUGGAAAGCUCGUGGCGUGGAGUUUUUGCAGCUCAGCACUACAGACAUCUUUGAAACACCAUGCCAAGAAAAGUUGCAAAAGGGAGUUUUGUUCAUUGACAAGUUCCGAGGCACUGGUGGCUCCGUUUACGUUCACUGCAAAGCUGGCCGAACAAGGAGUGCCACGCUAGUUGGCUGCUACCUCAUGCAGAAACACGGCUGGACGCCGGAAAAGGCGGUGAGCUUCAUGGCUGAAAAACGGCCGCACAUUCUGCUGCGCAGCAAGCAGUGGGAGGCGCUGCAUGUUUUCUUCAAGAACAACAGCGCCAGAUGACAGGAAGCGCAAAAUUUGGACAGAGGUGAGCAUGAGGACGUGCUAAUGGCGGAAGUGGACGAAACGCCCUCACUAUGGCCUGCUCAGGGCAGUUAACUAAUGAAAGCACACAACUUACCCAUUUCAGUUGACUUUUAUCAUUCAUUUAAAAAUGAAGAAAUGAUAACACAUCAAAAUUAUGCAUACAAGUUUCAAUAAUGGUAAUCUCAAGCAUAUUAGUAGUAUGUAACACGCAGAGUCAAUUUUGGCAACACCAUACAGACAAGUUUUGCAUAUCUCUGAAAGAUGAGGAUUAAAUCACUUAAACUUUUAAGCCAAAUUUUCAAAUACUUAUUGUUAGUCACAUUGGAUGUUCACAGAUUGUGGUAGAUAUUGCUUGUAUAUUGCAUAUUUUGUUAAACCAAUUUUAUAAAAAAUAUUGUUUUGCCCUAUG